ACAAAUAUGGAGACGAAGCUUUAUGAGGCAUCUUUGAAAGGCGAUGUGGAAGCACUUAAGACAUUACUCCAUCAAGACCAACUCAUCCUUGAUAGAAUCUCACUCACCGCCUUCAAUGAAUCCCCCCUCCAUAUCGCCGCCAUGCGCCGCCACCUCACUUUUGCCACGUUUCUUCUCACUCAAAACCCUAAACUUGCCAUGGCUUUAGAUACCCAAAAGCGAACCCCACUUCACCUUGCCGCCGCCGAUGGCAACCUGGAGAUGGUGCGGGAACUUUUACGGUUUGGGGGUCAGGGUCUGUGUGGUUCUCGAGAUCAUGAUGGGUUAACCCCGCUUCAUUUGGCUGCCAUGAACGAACAUUUGGAGGUUGUUAAGGUUCUGGUUCAGGUCAACCCUCAGGCUGCUAAAGAGAUUCCGGCCACCGGAGAAACGAUUUUACAUAUGUGUGUUCGCUAUAAUCGUUUUGAGUCGUUCAAAGUGUUGACUGAAUUGUGGGACGAUGAUGAGUUGGCCAAGAUCACAGAUCUUGGUGGAAACACCCUCUUGCACGCUGCUGCAAUCAAUAGACAAAUACAGAUUUUGAACUAUUUGCUCCAGAAACCAUGUAUCAAAGCUAAUGGAAAUGCUGUAAACAGACAUGGAUUAACCCCACUCGAUGUUUUGGAUCACUGUUCGCAAGAUGUCAAAGCACUCGAAACACGAGCAAAUCUAAUGGAAGCCGGUGUUUUGAGAGUGAAUGAUCUUCGACCUCUUUCAAAACCAUUACAAUCAUCAAUUAAGUCCUCAGACUCUAAACAGAAAGGGUUCAUAUCCAGAACUUGGGCUCGGUAUCUAAAUGACGACCACCAUUGGCUGGAAAAGCAACGUGGGAUUUUAAUCGUUGCAGCCUUGGUGGUGGCGGUGAUGUCGGUUCACUCGGGGCUCAACCCUCCUGGAGGGACUAUUUCCAAUACCCAAGAUGGUCGUUUUGAGCUUGGAAACGCAGUUCAAACAGAAGUUGACAUGGAUCAAUACAACCAAUUUGUGGCGUAUAAUACGAUUACUAUGAUAAUUUCUCUAGCGAUAGUUCUUGUGUUGAUCAGCGGAUUUCCUCUGAGGAACAAGUUCUGGAUGUGGGUGCUUACAAUUGGAACACUGUUCGCGAUGGUGUUCAUGGUGGUUACUUAUUAUCACUCGCUGACGAUGAUUGCACCGGAUGGAUAUGUCGAUGUCGGGAGCGUUUGGAUCUGUUUGAUUUGGAUGUUGGCAUGUGGGAUCUUGGCCUUGAUUCAUACCAUCUUCUUUGUCGUCUGGGUGGUGAUGAAGCUAUCAAAGAGCAAGAGCAUGGAGACCCAAACAAAAAGUAACCGUAGUGCAAUCGAGGUCUGAUCAUGGACAAAUCGUUUGGCUUUCGAUUUGCUCAAUGCUAUAUAAUGAUCAGUCCGAGUCCACUCGGUACAAUCGGAGGUUUUACUGGCCGUUAAUUUCACUUGUGGAAUUAAUCGCGAAGUGCGCAAGUUGACUCGAAUGAGCACACGGUUAUAAAAAAAAUGAUGAUUUUGUAGGUAUUUUUUCAUUGUUCUAUCAUGAUUGUAGUUAUAUGAAAUUUGAUCAUGUACGUGGGUGUGAAAUGCUUGUGCAAGUAUGUGUGUUUGGAAUGUUGAUAUGGAAGUCGAUUUUAUUUU